AUGGUUGUGGUUUUGACUAUUUGUUUAUUUCAUUUGACUUUUGUUAAUCCAAAUGAUGAAAUGCGUUAUGAACAAAAUAAAAAAUUCAACACGUAUCAAUUAGAGGUGCCGGGGAAAGAGCCGAUUACUAUAAUUGAAAGUGAACCUACGUCAAAAGAGUUACAUCAAAAAUGGGAUGCUACCGAAACAACAUUGGAUAAUGAUUCUGAUAUUAAAAAAAUGAUGGCACAUAUGAUCUACGAUGGACCAAAAGAAAAACCACGUUGCUACGGACCAUCUUGUCAAGAAGGAUUUAUGGAAGACGAAGGACCACAACAAGAUGUUGAGGAUUUUAUAAUUGAGAAUUCAGAUAAAUUAAAAGAUUUCAGCGAGCUUUCUACUGAGCGACUCCAGGCUAUAGCAGCCUUAGCAGCAAAACUAAAGAGAAAUAAGAAUAAAGAUAGGUUUCCUCAACAAAACCAAGAUGAUGAAAGUGAAGAUGAGGUAUUUACUUCCUGGAAUCGCUUGAAAGUAAAGCAGCACAAGCAUCCUUUUGAUGACAAAGAUGGUUGGGUAACGUUGGAACCUGUUGCUUGGUCUUCAAGUAAAAUAUCAAAAUGGAAACCUAAUGUAAAAAAACAAAAACCUACAUAUUGGAACGAUGAUGAAGAUACCAAAUACGCUAGUGACGAUCGAUAUCCUUCAUAUCAAGAAUCAGAAAAUAGUUAUUAUUAUCCUCAAAAACGACCAAUGACCAGACCAGGUUAUAUAAAUAAUAAAUUACACAUUCCACAAGAUUAUGAUAGUGAACUUCCAUCAAAACCAUCUUGGACUAAGAACAAGCCCCAACAACAUGUGCAUAAUUACCAGUCGUCGUGGUCUCCUGAUGAAAGUCGACGGCCAUAUAAGCCUAAUUGUGAUAAAGAUGAGGGCUACACAAGCGAUGACCCAAUAUACUAUGGAAUGUCUGAUGACGUAGAGACUGAUUCUCGUCCUUCAAGUUUCCCUUUCGAAUAUGAAGCUCUACAUCAAUCUCCAACGCAAAAGCGACCUUUGCGAAGACCAACCCAAGUAGUCUACGCAGGUCUUUCCGAAAUAGACAAUGACCGUUCAUCUAGACCGCCAUACGGCGACGGGAAGUGGGUAUUGUUGUCAACGACAAAAGGAUAUAGAAAUAAGAAGCGACAAAGGUCUCUGGAUAUAUCCAAAGAGACUGUCGAUGUUCCAUCAAUAACUUCGCAUCAAUCUGUUUCGCUCACUGUACUUCCUGCUCAUGACAGUUCUCCAUCAAACAUGACGACAUCACAUGGCGGCUUAUUGGAAGUUGAGAGAAGUUUUCAAACAGUCGAAGAAUCAAAACGUGAUAUGGAUUUAAAGAACGAUCUAGAGGUUGCUGCAAGUCAGCAGAGACCUUUAAAUCAUAGAGUUACAAGGAAGAAAAUAUUUGGUAACAAAAAUACGCCUGACAGUGCAACAGUACUCGCUGCUGUUGGUGCGGGAAUGGUCCCAGCGACCAUGGCAAUGGUCGUGCCUAUGAUGUUGGGAAAACGUAGAAGAAGAGACGUUGUUAUUGAACCGCAGAUCUUUAAUUUAGAUAAUCUUAUGCAUUUUCGC